AUGAGUACCUGGCUCCACCGCAUUCUGUCCGAGCCCGUCUCUGCGCCGCCCGCAGCCCCCAAUAAUGCAUCGUCGUGGCCAUCCACGCCGCUGACACCCCGAACAGCAGCGGCGAGGCUCAGGGACCCCAACGCCCCGGACUACCGCUACCAGGUCAACCAGAAAUGCAUCUACGAGCGCCGGCUGCCGGGCGGGUCGUACAUCACGGCGCACGUCCAGCGGCUGCAGUCCGGGUACUACGACAGCCCCGUGAUCCACGAGGACCGCAUCGACAAUGUCCGCUUCGUGGCCGUCAACUUUGUCUUUCACCCCAGCUCCAGCACGUUCCGGUUCAAGGCCGCGGAGAUUAGGAUCGCCUUGCACCAUAUGAGCGGGGGCGAGGCGGAGGGCCAGGGUGAAGACGGCGACGGAGGGGGUCAGGGGGUGGAGGCGACGUCGAAAACCAGCCACGAGCACGGCACGCAGACCGAGGCCGAGAAGGCGAGCCAGGCGCUGGUCAAAGGCAUCAGCAGCAGCAGUAGUAGGAAAGGCCUGCCUCGGCCAUCCCGGCCCAAGUUCCUCCGCCACGCGCCCCAUCUCCUCUACGGGAGCAUCUCGCCCGAGACGCUGGACUGGAACUUCAACCUGGCCGGGUCGCUGGGGGUGUCGCAGGGCCCCGCGAGCGCGAGCGUCAAGCCCUCGUACGGGGUCAAGAGCAGCUACAAGAUCUACGAGAUGAUGAAGAUCCAGGGGUCGGUGCGGACGCUGCGGUCGUGGCGCGGGAGUGACUACGACUACGACCACGAAAUCGAGGACGGCGAGCUGGUCUGGACUCUGGAGGAAAACCGACUCCAAAAGUCCGGGUUGCCGCGCGAAUUCACCUUUGUCAUGCUCUUGACCAAGGGGAGCGGCGGGUUCGAGGAGAGCGGCGACGUGCGCCUCGAGAUCGACGUCCGUCCAAAAGUCACUGGACGAUUGGGGCCGGCGUACCCGUCGCUGGUCACAAAGCUGCACCAGUACCGGCCCUUUAAGCGCGAGGUGCUCGACCUGGACCAGGAGAUUGGACAGGUCUUUGAGCCGCACGACGCCAAGGGCGAGGGCAAAGGCGAGGGCUUCAACUUUGCCAAUAUCGCGAGCAGCUUUGACGACUUUGUCUGGCUCCCCGGGACGGCGUACUCGACUUCUGACGCGGGUGCUGGCAGUGUGCCUCAGACGGGAACUGGAUUCAAUGCCUCGACAAUGGCGACUCAGCAGCAGCACCAGCAUCAGCAGGGAUCACAACCCCAUCAGCAACAGCUCCCUAGGAUCCAAGCACAAGACUCGCGUCCGCCACCAGGCGACACGACUCUCAACCUACGCGUCUUCCUCGAACAGUCGCGAGGGACCCCCGUCCCUUUCUCCCCCAGCCAGCUCCAGCUCCAGCUCCCGUACGUGAACCUGAAAGUGCCAUCACCAAACCCGUCGCGUGGACCAUCGCCAACACUACAACCUUCCGCGUCGGUAACGGGAUCGCGGCGAACCAUCACGAUCGGGUCGGGGUCGUCGUCCACGUCGAGGUCGAGGUCGGUGCGAAAGCGGCGGUCCCGCUCUGAGCUGUCAAAGGAGUACAAAGCGUCUCCGCAGGGGAUGGCAGCACAGCAGCAGCAGCAGCAGCAGCAGCAAUCUAAGCGCAUGGAUCUGGGUCAGGUCACAUUCAGCCAGAGACCUUCUCAACCGGCGGCUGCGGCGGUAUCAACUCCAGCACGGCCAUUUUCAUAUCAAGAACAAAAGAAUGACUCGAAGCUGGACAAGGAUCCUGAGCAUCAUCCUGACCAUGCCGAUGAAGAUGACUCGUCUGACGAGGCUGAUACUCCCAGAGCCCUCAAAUUCCCCUCAGGUGAGCUGAGUUCGCCUCAAAACCCCCUUCUGACGCCCCUCCGUCCUUCAAGUCCCGAGUACGCCACGCCGCCUGCAUAUCCGAUCCAUCCUCCUUUACUUCCCCUGUCGGGCGUGCCUCUGGACAAAGACAGCAUCGGCACAGCUUCGACCUAG